AUGUAUCGGAAACCGCGACUCUUUUUUUCCUAUCCCCCCUCCCCCCUCUGCCCCUCCCCGCACACCACCCCUAUCUCGGCGAGUUCAAUUCCCGCGCGCGGGCCGCAAUUAGCGCGGCCGAUCCGCCGCACGAGUGAGGCGCACGCGACCGCGCGAAAUUACAAUCGCAGGCGCUCCGUGGGCGUCUCCACGAUAGCCAGAGCGGCGUUCCUCAGCAUCACGUACACCGCGAAGAACACACGCGGCCGGCGAAAACUAAAAAAAAGGUGCGCAAAAGGCGAGGACGCCCGCGGCGAACGUAGAAUUUUAAUUGCAUUCCCGCGUCGCCACCGCAGAGCGCGUCGC